CACCGUGAGAUCCUGCGGCGCGCGACGCCGACACCUUCCCCACCAGUGCGGCCCCCGCGGGAGGCGAGGAGGUGGAGGUGAGGUCCCGUGUGGGGGGAGGUCGGGGGCGUCUCGGGACUUGGGCCGCAGCGGAAACCGCCUCCCUUUCUCCUCCCCCCACCUCAUCAUCCUCUCCUCUCCUUCCUCUCCCACUCCCAACGCUGCUCCCCUCGCCGCUGCCCUCGAUCGAUCACUCUCCGCAGCCGCAGCCGGCGGUGGCCAUGGAAUCCGACCAGUCCAACUCCGCUGCAGGAGGUAAGUCGCAGAACAGUUCUGUACCACCUGUGGAAGGUGUUGCUGGAGGAGGGACUAGUUAUGGAUGGGUGGAUGGAGGUUUACAGGGGUCGAGUUUAGGUAAUGGUGCAAUUGACCCUACAAAGGUACACUCAGCAGAUCUAUUGCACGUAUGGUCUAUGCCCAGCACAGCAAAUGUUAGCCAGCAAGAAGCACCUCGACCUCUGGAACAUGUUAACCUUUUGGCAGCAAGGAAUGAAAGGGAAAGCUUCCAAAUUGCUUUACGUCCAAAGGUAUCAUGGGCCACUUCAGGUAUUGCAGGAUCUGUGCAGGUUCAGUGCACUGAUCUUUGCUCUUCCACUGGAGACAGGUUAGUGAUCGGUCAAUCUGUAACCUUGCGACGUGUGGUGCCUAUGUUAGGUGUACCAGAUGCUCUUGUGCCACUUGAUCCACUGAAUCCACAAAUAAACCUACUUCCAGGAGAGACAAGUGCAAUAUGGGUCUCACUAAAUGUUCCUUGCGGACAACAGCCUGGUCUAUAUGAGGGUGAAAUAUUUAUUACUGCUGUGAGGGCAGAAGCAGAGUCUAGAGGAGAGUCCUUGACAAAAUCUGAGAGAUACCAACUUUAUAAAGAAUUAAGAAGUUGCAUUGACAUCACUGAACCCAGAGACUUCUCAUCAUCAGAGGAAAUGGUGCAAAGACUUACAUCUGCUUCAACCACGCUGAGGAGGAUGUUAGCUCUUCCAUCAUUCCAGGACUGCCAGGAGAAUAAUGGAUUAGGAGAUAUGAUGGAUGAAGAUGUUAUGAACAAUGUGGCAGUUCGCUUGAAGUUAAGCCUUACCGUUUGGGAUUUUACUCUCCCACUGACACCUUCUCUACCUGCUGUUUUUGGCAUAUCUGAAACCGUGAUUGAAGAUCGGUUUUGUUUGGAGCAUGGUACCGAAAGUUGGUAUGAUGCACUUGAUCAUCACUUCAGGUGGCUCCUCCAAUACAGAAUCAGUCCAUUUUUCUGCAGAUGGGGAGAUAGCAUGCGCAUUCUAGCAUACACGUGCCCUUGGCCUGCUGAUCAUCCAAAGGCGAAAGAAUAUUACUCUGAUCCAAGAUUAGCAGCAUAUGCUGUACCAUACGCACCUAUCCUAUCAAGCACUGAUGCUGCGAAAAAUUCCCUGCGAAGAGAGGUUGAAAUCCUAAAAUCGGAGACUCAUUGGUCGAAAUCUUACUUCUAUCUGUGGGAUGAGCCAUUGAAUAUGGAACAGUAUGAUGUAAUUCGCAGCAUCUCUAAUGAGUUACAUACUUAUGCAUCUGAUGUGCGUAUUUUGACAACUUAUUAUUGUGGUCCAAGUGGCUCCGAACUGGUUCCUUCUACAUUUGAGGCCUUUGCGAAAGUUCCAAAUGUUCUACGCCCACAUACGCAGAUAUUUUGCACAAGUGAAUGGGUUUUUGGCACAAGAGAGGACUUAGUGAAGGAUAUUGUUGCUGAACUACGACCUGAUCUUGGUGAAGAAUGGUGGACAUAUGUGUGUAUGGGGCCUUCUGAUCCUCAACCAAACUGGCACCUUGGGAUGCGUGGAACCCAGCACAGGGCAGUGAUGUGGAGAGUGUGGAAGGAAGGUGGAACAGGAUUCCUUUACUGGGGUACAAACUGCUACGAGAAGGCUAUGAUUCCAAGCGCAGAGAUUUGUUUCCGACGUGGUCUUCCUCCUGGCGAUGGGGUUCUGUUCUAUCCUGGUGAAGUGUUUUCUGCCUCACAUGAACCAGUUGCGUCCACUAGGCUAGAGCGCAUUCUCAGUGGCAUGCAGGACAUCGAGUACCUGAAGCUUUAUUCCUCGAGGUACGGCAGGGAGGAAGGUUUAGCUCUCCUUGAGAAGACAGGCGUGUAUCUCGGGCCAGAUCGUUAUGCACUUGAUCAUGGACCAAUUGAUGUGAUGCGUGGUGAGGUAUACCGCACUUGCAGGUCUUAGGGCAGAGCUAUCAACUUCUGGCGUUCCACUGUAGCACCCCUCCUGUUGUUGUACAUAUGAUCUCUCAUGUACUGGAACUUAGCAUCAAAUACUUAUUGAUGAACGCAUCAAAGCUCCGUUUCACGCUCACCUGUUCACUCCAUUCCACGGUACCUAUGAUGCUGCCAGCGUGCGGCUGCAGCACACGAA